CAUUUGAACUUACACACCGAGGUUGUUUUCUGGUUUUUGUGGGAGGGCAAGACGGAAAUUUUUCCUCCCCGGAACUGGAUCGUCCCGUUCGUUCAUCCUGGACGCGCGACAACAAAUGCUGGAUCCCCUUUCGAUACGUAUCGCGUCGCUUUUCCGCGAUGUUGGCGUCCGCAUAGAAUCAGCUCGGCGGCAUAUCCUUUCUCAGUUCCCGCAUAAAAAGAAAUGGUUAAGCGGAACUGCCCCAGCUGGCGAGUUCUCCCAGCAUGCCCCAUCCGCGGCCAAGAGAGAUUAAAAUCCCCAUCCACCAUCAGAGAGUCCAAAAUACCCGAACCGAUCCCAAACCUUUAUCUUUAUAGGCUCGAGAGUGGAGAGAGGAAAGAUGAUGGAGGGUUUCUUGAUUAGAUCGGUGGUCUCCGUGGCGCUCUCCUUUUUGAUUGCGGCCAGAGCCUACAAGCACAGGUCGCUCGAUGGAUCGGGGGCGCUCGCGGGGUUCUUGGUGAUGGCUAUCCACAUCGCUGCUAGCUACAGGUUCGGAGCGCUGCUUCUUGUUUUCUUCUUCACAUCUUCCAAGCUCACCAAGGUUGGGGAAGAGAAGAAGAGGAGCAUUGAUGAGGAUUUCAAGGAAGGAGGUCAACGAAACUGGGUACAGGUUUUGGCUAAUAGUGCAAUUGCAACGAUUUUGGUAGUUUUAGUUGCAAAAAUGACUGGUGGGAAAGAGAGGUGCUUGGACACAAAAGAGUCAACUCUUAUUACUGGCCUUAUUGGUGGUAUCAUUGGACAUUAUGCCUGUUGCAAUGGUGACACAUGGUCAUCUGAAAUUGGAAUGCUUAGUAAUGCACAGCCCCGACUAAUUACAACUUUCAAGACUGUCCGAAAGGGAACAAAUGGUGCAGUCACAGUAGAAGGACUUCUAGCAGCUGCAGCAGCUGGCUUUGUUAUCGGGCUUACUUAUGUCAUUGUUGGAUUGCUUACAGUUGAAUGUGCUCAUGAUGUCAUCUGGAGGCAGCUGCUAGUAAUACCAGUCGCUGCAGCAGCUGGUCUAUGUGGGAGUUUGAUUGAUUCAUUAUUGGGUGCAACGCUCCAGUUCAGUGGUUAUUGCACCUUGAGGAAAAGGGUGGUUGGAAAACGUGCACCUACUGUGGUCAAGAUUUCAGGAAUGAGCAUUCUAGACAACAAUGCUGUGAAUGCAGUGUCGGUGCUAGCAACAACACUGCUUACGUCUGUUGCGUGCUUGUACAUCUUCUAGUUGCUUCCGAAUCUUGCUUUCAUGACUAAUUCUUCUUGAUUCUCGGACAAUAGCUACUGUACCGUCAACAUGACAGCAGGACUUGGUCCCAUCUCUUUAUCGAGGGAGGCAGGCAUACCAUUCUUCUCGGCAUUUUUCUGGGGCGAUAACCUGUCGGCCGUUUAACAACUGUGGCGUUCGUGUACCAAAGUGUGAUAUGUAAAUGACCAGGCUCCUUGCUGGAUAUAUUCCAGAAAAGUCAAAAACUAAGGGAUAAAGGGUCUGUAAAAUCUUCAAGUCAGGAAAAAAAUGAUGAAAAGUCAUUUAUAAAUAGGGGUAUUUGAUGACAUGUGUUCUACUUGUAAGGAGUUAAAAUUUUGGGGUAAUCUUUUUAUAAACUGGGGUAUUUAUGGUGCU